AUCACUUCCGUCACCACAUGCGCAGUGAAUUUUAAAUUGUCAAUAAACCGCUAGCAGGUGAUCACUGAUGUAAAUCUUAGAAUACACAAGAUGUGAUAAGGUGGAAGAAUGACACAGUUAUUUUACAUAAUUGGUGACAAUUAUUUAUUGGAAUCCAGAUUAAGGUGCAGGAUAGGCAGGAACUAUAUUGUAUAUUACAUGUGUUGAAGACAGAGGAUACAUGAAACUAUGAUCAUGUGAUUUACAGAUUCAAUGAAGAUGGACUAUCCAUCGCCUUGUAACCAUCAUGUCAGAGUUCCAAGUUGUGAUUUCCCCAAACUUCCGAAGCAGCUUGAUGAAAUCCAGUCUGCAAAUGAAUUUCCAUUGUUCCGACACCGCUGGAAUUCCAAUGAAGAGGUGGCAGCUAUACUGACCGCAUUUGACAAGCAUAAAGAAUGGAUGUCAUUAGAGGUCAAAAUCAGGCCCCCAAGUGGUUCUAUGAUACUGUACAGCAGAAAGAAAGUCAGAUACAAAAAGGAUGGUUACUGCUGGAAGAAAAGAAAAGGUGGAAAAAAUAUAAGAGAAGAUCAUAUGAAGCUCAAAGUUCAAGGGUUAGAGUGUAUUUACGGUUCCUAUGUACAUUCAGAUAUUCUACCAACUUUCCAUAGAAGAUGUUACUGGUUGUUACAGAACCCUGACAUUGUGUUAAUUCAUUAUUUAAAUGUCCCCUAUCCUGAUGAUGGCAAGGUAAAAAUUCCCAUGAUGCCUUGUUCUGUAGAGAAGAAAGAAUGGACAAAAGAAGAAUUAGUAGAACAGCUAAGACCAAUGUUUUCUGCUGGAAGCUCAGAUCAAAUGCUAGAAGAAACAGUAGAAAAACUUGUGAAGCACCUUAUACAGUACCAUGAAAGUCAAGACAAGUCCAAAGGUCAAAAUAUAGGAUACAAGAAGAUAAGUUGUCAUUCCAAGCCAGGAGAUGGGGCCAGUUCAACAGGGGAUCCAUCUUCGGCCUCUAUUCCUGAUGAUUCUCAGUGUAAAGACAUUUUAAUGAACACAGUUUGCCAGCUGAAUGCUAAAACACAACAGUCUUUCCCUCAGGCAAACCAUCCAAGACAUUCAGGAGUCUUACAUAUCCAGCCUAAAGACAGUGAUUCUAUUCCUUGCUCACAAAAUCUCACUCAAGCUCCAUUUUUGCUCAGUGUGAGUCAGUUGCCAACGACGAGUUAUUUGCUGCUGAGUGGAGGAGGAGUAGCCUCGAACACUGUUUCAUCAGUCACCGUAACAUCUGGUUGCCAACAGCAACCAAUUCCUCAUGUUUUGGACCAGCCCAUUAAUCAUAUGUCUCAUCCUAUCCAAGUACCUCACAAUAUUCCGGGGCAGCUGAAUUUAUUUGCUCAUCCUAACUCUACAGAUCCUGAUCCUCAUAAAACACAAAUGGUAUAUUCUGAGGCACAGAAUUUUAUGCCUACUUCCUGUACACAGACUAAAACAGAUACUGGACAUGUGCCUCAUCUAAGGAAUGUGUCGGCCGAUGAUAUACAGGAUCUCAUACAUUCAUCAUAUCCUGUGGAAACAACUAACAAUUACCCUAACUUCCCACAAGUAUUGAGUGACAAUAACAAUACAGGGUUGCCAUUGACAACAUCUGACUUCAAUAUUCUAGAUAACUUAGAUUUUGAGAUUUCUGAAAUAGAAAAACUUUACAAUGAUCUCAGUGGACAGCCAGAUACUCACAGAUUGAAAGGCAAUGGCAUUCAUAAAAAUAAUACAUGUGAUCAAGAAUUAACCAAUGAAAUUAACUUAUUUAACAGUGACCUUGUUCAGUCAUGUCAAGUUCAACCUGAACAAAAUUUUCCAGACAUAUCAGCUAUCUGUGAUAACAAGACUGUAAAUAAUGGUAAAGGGUUGUCAGGACAAAAAGGGGAGGAACAAAAAAUCCUGGAUUACUCUCCAGAGUGGUCAAAAUCUCAGGGAGGAGAAAAGGUAUUAGUUGUAGGCCCGUGGUGUUCCUUGUCGUCUCAUUAUUUGUGUUUAUUUGAUAGUAAACCGGUACCAACAACAUUAAUACAGCCAGGUGUACUGAGGUGUCAUUCUCCAGCACACCAUGAAGGAGUAGCAUCAUUACAAGUCAGCUGUGAUGGUCAUGUGAUCUCAAAUUCAGUACCAUUUAAAUAUCUGUCACGUGAUGAUAAAAAUAAACACAAAAAUAACUGGUUCUCUAUUUCUGAUGAUGAACUUAAGCUCUUGUUGUUAGAAAGACUAUUUGUGAUACAGGAAAAACUGAAGAAAUCAAUGUCUCGUCAACCUAUCCAAAAGCUGAAAGAAGAAAUAAAAGCAGAUCAUUUUGAAAAGAAGGUUGUUUUAUAUGUAAAAUCGUUAAUUUCCAAGCCCUGGGGCAACAUGACAGUGUUUCCAAAACAAGGAAAGCGUAACAUGACAUUACUUCACAUAGCAGCAGCCCUCGGGUAUCAGGCAUUGGUUCAUUCACUCAUUGUAUGGAGGACAGAUAAUCCCUCCUGGGUACUGGACUGUCAGGUAGAUUCUCAUGCAUUGGAUGAUAUGUCAUGUACACCAUUGGUAUGGGCAUGUGCAAAAGGUUACAUAUCAACAGUGCAAUUCCUCUACCAUUGGAAUCCUGAUUCAAUACAUAUCAUGACCAAAGAUCAAUUGUCUCCUUUUGCAGUUGCUAAAAAAUUUGGUCACAUCUCAGUUGUCAAUGAGUUGUCUUCCCUUACAGGGAAAUCUAGCAACCUGUCUUCCCCUUCAAAACAAAUAGAUUCUUCCAAGGCUUAUAUUACCCCUGCUGAUAAAAUGGAAGAUAAUAGUGUGUUCAAGUCACCAAAUUCUGUGUUGGGAAGUCUACAUAUAGACAUUCCAGGCCAGUAUGUGCAGUCAAUGAAAAGCAAUAGACCUAAACAUUCCCUGCAAUCUAGUCGACGUAAACUUGCCAAGCAUUUCUCCAUUGAUUGUACACCAGAAGAUUUCAGUUAUACGCCACCUAGUCAGUAUGAAAGGCCAGUCAGGGAAACUAACUCUGAACCUAGACUUUGUUCAGUCUCAAGUGCUUUGACGAGUACAAAAAAUCCAAUGCUUUACAAUCCUGGAAGAGAUCUGACCUCUCCAGACAUAUUAAUUAAACCAGACGAGGACCACAAAACAGCAAUGGACCAUACUGAAACACCAUCAGUCCAUGUAACAGGAACUACUUGUGUAGAAAUGGACACAGAUUUGGAUGACAACAUGUCCGAUGAAUCCUUCUCAAGUCAAGGGAGCCCGUAUAUUGAUGUGGAACGUUUGUCUUCUGAUGACGAGGGUCAUGCCACUAGAAAUAGAACAGAUAGAUUAUCUAUCAGUGGUGACAGCAGUGAGGAUGCCAAGAGGCAGAUGGUCAACCUUGCUCAACAAAUCAUUGCAGCCAUGCCAAUGAGGAUCAAAUUAUCUCCAAGUCGUGUUGAUGAUGCUGCUGAGUUUGCUGCCCGUGAGAGGAGUAGUUCGUACAGUUCAAUACCGUCACAGCCAUCUCCCCAUGCCUCGUCAUAUGAAGAGGAUUCUGGGAUAUCUACUCCAAUGGGUGAUGGAUUUGCUUUUGAUGAAUACAGAUAUUCUGAUCUUGGCACACCAGCUUCCUCUCUCAACAGUCCAGAGUCUACCUGUAUUCCAAGUCCCUAUAGUCCAUACGAUUUUAAGUUAGAUUCCCCACCUCCUACGACAGAAGAGUUCACAGAAUACUUUAAUGCUCCAGCGACUUUCAUGGAGAAAGAUUUCUCACUUCUAACUUUAUCAGACCAAGAACAACGCAAACUCUAUGAGGCAGCUAAAGUCAUACAAAAAACUUACAGAAAAUUCCGAAAUAAACAACAAAUGACUCAACAACAGAAAGAAAUGGAGGCAGCUAUUCUCAUACAGAAGUAUUACAGGCGAUAUAAACAGUAUGCAUAUUAUAAGAAGAUGACCCAGGCAGCUGUAUUGAUACAAAGUCAGUUUAGAAGUUAUUAUGCUCAGAAACGGUUCAAGAAGAGUCGUGAUGCUGCUGUGGUUAUCCAAAAUCAAUACAGGACGUAUAAAGAACAUGAACGUUUAAAAAAGGGAGGCAACAAAUCUGUCAUUAUACAACAAAGAUACAGGAGUCAUUACCAAAGGAUACCUAAGCACGUAGGACGUAAUUCCGAUGGACAGAUUGUACAGAUAGUCCCAGAGGGUGCUGACAGAGAGUGGAAAAUUGUCCAUGUUAGGAGGCACACAAGCAGACCAAAGCAGCUCAUCCGACAACAUAUUACAACUAACAGACGAUAACAUAACAGCUCCAUCUAGUGAGGAGAAAUCAAGGGAGAGUAGCAAUCAUUGACACAAACAAAAUUGAUCAACAGAGAUAACAAGAUAAUGAACAAAGAAUAAAUAAGAUAGUAUGAAAAAUGGAAGGUUUAAGGAUUUUUGAAUUUUAUAUUUGUAGUGUUAAGUGUUCAGGUUUUUCCCUUAUAAUGCAUAAUUAUUGUAUUUUUUCCAAUAAUUACAGAAUUAUUUUACUUUCUGGAUGAUAGGUCAGAUAUAAAACUUGGUAUCAACUUUGCAAACUGGCAAUACUGACUUUCUGUCUUUUUUUUUGUAUCAAUGAAAAUUUUAUUUUCAGUGUACUAUUAUAUUUUAUAAAUUGGAGCACCAUUUAUUUCAACAGCAAGUAUGGUAACAUAUAAUUGUUUAAUUGAAUAGUUAACGCUUAAAACACUCAACCCUCGAAGAGGAAAAUUUUGAGAUAAAACUAACAUAUAUUAUAUUUUAUUGUCUAUUCAAAAAAGAAAUCUAAAAGUAUACAAAAUGUUUUGUAUUAUUAGUGCAAUUAGUCACAAGGGCUUUCCAAUAAUUAUUUGUAGUAAUGAGGAUAAGGAGUUAGUGAAUCACUUCUAACACGUGUUUGUUAGGUGGUUUAUUCUGUCUGAAUUACUGUAGGAUAUAUUACUUUAUUAUAGAAUAACACAAUCAUAGCAUUGUUGCCUAUUGAAUAUAUACAUAUACACACAUUGAAGACCUGAAUAUCUCUUUUUUUGUAACUGAGUAGUAAAAUGUGUAAUAUUAUUUUCCUCUACCUCUAUAUUUAAAUGACAGCUAAUAGAGUAUAAUAGAUUUUUGAGGGUAGGGUAGGAAGGGAUUACUGUGAGUAAUUUCGUAAACAUCAAAUGGACGUACAACCAUACAUGAUCUACAAUGCAUGCCCAAAAUUAAAAUUUCCUUUCCUACAUUAAUUUCAAUGGAACAGUUCUGGCAUGUUCUAACUGAUGAUAUCAUUGACAAGUAAUGGAUUAGAUUUUACCAUGACAUGGAGAUAGAGAGUGCUGUAAAAUUUUGGCACAAAUAUUUUGCAUUUUACAAAUAUACCAAGUCUUUGUCAUUAUAAAUUGAUGUGCUCAAUAACCAUAGUGUAUAAAUACAGUCACUUUUUAGGAUUUUAUGAAUUCCCUAUUCAUUUACUAGUUAUCUGAAAAAAAAUUAGACAGUAGUUAUUUAAGGGCAAAAUAUUUAUAUUUAUAAACAUGUUGAGAACUCAUGCUUAAUUAUCAAUAAUAGAAGAAGUGAAAUAUUCAUGUUUAACCCUUUGGAAAGGUUAAUUUUUAGAGCAUUUGUAAACAGAUUUACAAAGUAUUUUAAGUAAGUACUUAUGUUAUAUUUAAUUUAAGUAAAAGUAUUACAGAUAUUUUGCAAAUUACGUAUAUAGAAUUCUCUGUAUAAAUAUUUUGUUAGGAAGUUAAGAUGAUUAAAGAUUACGUUAGAUAUAUUUUGAUUGAGUAUUAUACAAAAUAUGAUCUUUAUUAUGUAUCAAUUGAAAGAUCAAUUAGGUCACAUUUGUUUGGUCUUUCUGAAGGCCCUGUUCUUUCUGGGUACACUGGCUUCCUUCACCAAUAAAAACUGGUCACUGAAAGUUUUGUUUUUAACACCAACAUCUGAACUAAAGAGAUUGACAAUCUCAUCUCAUUUAAUGGUAAGAAAUGUAUUUUUUUAAAGAUUAGAAAUUCUCUCGAUGGAGUAGAUAUCAGCUUUGACUCAUUAUACGAGAAACAUUGUCUUUGAACCAGUUAUAUAUUGUAAUUUUUACUCAAACCUGUUAGUAUUCAGUAGUAAGGGCAACUUAGGCAUUCAAACCUUUUUGUUUGAGCUAAAUGUAGUUGGACAACCUUUUCAUAAAUCCUUUUCAUAUAAAUUAUUAUGGAAAUAGAUUGAAUGUAAUAAAAGACAAAUUGAUUCACUAAUAUAAAAAGAAAAAUGAUUAAAUCCUUAUUAGAUCUUUAAAUGAAAAUAAGUGUUCAAGACAAAGAAUGUUAAUUAUUGUUUGAAACAUAUGGUAAUUCAUAAAAUACUGUAUCUUAUGAAUAAAAUGGAGGAUUAAAUUUUGUAGAUUUACCUGUAAAUAGCCUGUUAAGUUUAAAUAUUUUAAUGUUAUCUCCCCCUUGUUAGUUAGUCAAUAUAAACAGUUUUGGGCUCACACCAUUAUCUCCCCUUGUUAAUUAAUCAGUAUAAACAGUUUUGGGCUCAUUACACCAUUAUCUCCCCCUUGUAAGUUAAUCAAUAUAAACAGUUUUGGGCUCACAACACCAUUAUCUCCCCCUUGUUAGUUAAUCAAAAAUAAACAGUGUUUGGCUCACACCAUUAUCUCCCCCUUGUUAGUUAAUCAGUGUAAACAGUUUUUGGCUCACACCAUUAUCUCCCCCUUGUUAGUUAAUCAGUAUAAACAGUUUUUGGCUCACUACACCAUUAUCUCCCCCUUGUUAGUUAAUCAGUAUAAACAGUUUUUGGCUCACACCAUUAUCUCCCCCUUGUUAGUUAAUCAAAAUAAACAGUGUUUGGCUCACACCAUUAUCCCCCCAUUGUUAGUUAAUCAAAAUAAACAGUUUUUUGGCUCACUUACACCAUUAAACCAUAUAGUCCUGUGUUAUUAUUUGAUUUAUUUUUAGCAGUCAUUUGAAAGUUGAUAUAUGAAGAAGAAGAAAAAAAUCUAUCAAUUGAUUGAAAGAGUCUCAAAUUAUUUAAACUUGUCUUCUACUUUUAUGAAAUAAAUUAUAUAAUAAUUAACAUCCAUAUUUGUUUUAAAAAAUCUUAACCAUUAGUUAAAUAGAACAUAACACAUGAUCGAAUAAAGAUGAAAAAAAAAUCUGUCAAUACAUUAUCCCAGUACAUGUAAAAUAUUUCAUAACUUUAAUAAUAGACAUGAAAAUGAAAUGAAAUAAAGGGCCCUCUAAAUGAAAAAUUGUGAAUUUACCUUGAGCUAAAUAAAAAUCAGGUUAAAAGUGUUGUGUGAGCCCUUUACUUGAACUUGUAUAUUUCUGAUUAAUAUUGUUCCUCAUAUUUAUAAAGUUUCCCCUUUUGAUUGUUAUUGUUUUUUUUCUUGUUGUUAAAUUUAGAAUUUCUAAUUGUAAAUGGCAUAGAUGUUAAAUUAAGAUCGAGUGUAAAUAAUAUUUAAAGAUUUUGUAUUAAUUUUUUUAUGUGUUACAUAAAUUGUCAUGUGUCUUUAUUGUCUCAGAGGUACUACAUCAUAACACUCAUUGGUGAACUUGAGUAACAAUUCUUUCGUCUCGCCUAUGACAUCAGUUGCGUAAACAACACUUAGUCAUACUGUUUCUCGCAUCAACAGUGUCCGCAAUUGUUAAAGCUUGUGAUUAGCUCACAAAGGUGAGACAUCUCUGUGUUUUAAAUUUUUUUUUAUAAAUAACUAUCUACAGCAAAUACUUUAUUUAGAAGAUGUCACAGUAAGAAAGAAUCAAUCAAUAACCUUUUCCAUGACAACCAAGACUUGUUAGAUAUUGACUGAUAUUAGUCAUACCUACUGAUACAUUGUUUACAGUACAAUUAAUAAAUUUAAAGGACCAAUUUUUGUUAGAAUAGUAUAAAUGCAUCUUGUCCUGCAAACUGGAAAUAAUGGUAUGUAUUUAAUAGGAUCAGAAUUUUAUAAUCUAGUCUAAAUGAUAUGACUGUCAAAUCUUACGUCAAGAUGUAUUUCCCCAUUCAUUUAUAUAAUAGUUUUUUAUAUGAAUUGACACCCCUAUAAGCUCAAUUGUAACACGAUAAGGGAUUUUUCACAAGAUUGUUACACAACACAGAUCAAUGCAAAAAUACACAAAUACAAUUUAUCAGCAAUAAUUAAAAUUGUUUUUUUUUUUUUCAAGUUUUUGUUGUCGUCUCAAUGGCCAUUGUAACUUGUACUUAAAGAUAGUUCAGUAUUUUAUACAUUUUUCAGUGUAUUUUUUGUGUAUGUUUCAUAUUUUUAUCACAUUAACAAAUAAUUUUGAGGAAAAAAACAGAUUUUGAACUUUGAUGACUGUGGCAGUUGACUGAAAUUAUUCUCUGUAACAACAGUGAUACGUCUGGUUCCAUUUAAUACAGUCAAUCUGAUGGAGUUUCUCAGGUUUCUUGAUUGAAAUAAAUUACCUUAGUGGAAAAAUCAUAAUUUUCAUUAAUCCUUCAAUAUCUGAUAAAAGAGGCAAAGUUUUUUCAGAGGACAUUUAUUUUGCAAACUGACUGGUAGUUUUAAGUAAACUUACUUAUUGCUAUUUUCUCAAAUUUUGCUUUGAUAUUUUUUUAUGAUAAUUUUUCAUAUCAGGCUACUCGAGUGAUAUGAGUUUUUUUCAGUCGAGAAGAAAGAGAAUGUAUGACAUCAUGAACCUACUUCAUUGACGUUGAUUAGGAAAACAGCGAUAAACAGAUUGUUAAUGGUUUUUCAAACAGGAGGAUGUUACUCGCCCUUCAAUGAGAUUGAAGCAGAGAAACAUCCUCUCGUUUGGAAUACCAUUGAUAAUCUAUAGAUACAGGUACCAUUGAAGACUGUAUGUUGACAUUUGGACAUCUUUUAUUGCUGUAUUUUGUUUUGUUGGGUUGCUGUCUGAUUGACGUUUACCCACAAGUUUUCAUUUAUGCCUAAAGGUAGAUAAUGUGUUGGUGCUAUUACCAGGAACAUUGUAUUGUUUACAUGUUGAUAGUUACAUGAAUGCACCAUGUUAUAGUUGAGCAAGAAGUUCCAUAUCAGGAUAUCAAAUUGUCACAAGAAUAACUGUGAGAAACUGAAUGGUCACAUGACCAACUGUGAGAAACUGAAUGGUCACAUGACCAACAGUGAGAAACUGCAAAUAAUUUUAUUAUAUAUUUUUCCUAAAUGACAAAUGAACUAAAUCAAGCGGUCACAAGACCAGUUUCUAUGAAAAUGCAUAUUCUUUAAUAUUAAUUAUUUAUUAUAAAAUGAACAAAUUAUUGGAAUCUUUUUUAUUUAUCCUUUGUUGUACUUUGUUUGUAGGCAUUGAUCUGAGGAACAAAUAAUCUUGAUAUAUAAUGGCUAACUUUAAAGAUACAACUGAUAACUUUACUACAAAUACAUUUGACUACAACCUUUCAUCAAUUAUCCAGUUUUUCUGGCAAGUUGGUAUUUUAUUUAGAAUUAAGAGCUUUUUUAAAUGAAUCAAGUUAGUUUAACUUAGUUGCUCAGAUGAAGUUCAGUAAAUUUGAGGUAAUGCCAUACAAAACUAUUCUCUUGUUCCAUGACACCAUUUUUCUUCAAAAACAAAUAAAUGAAAGUAUUUUAUAUUUUAUAGGCAGAAAAACAUAGCGGGAGGCAUCUUUUCAAAAACUUCUUGUUUAUUCAUAAGUUAAACUUUAGAACAACUGAAAUUUAUUUAUUUGCAAGUCCCCAAAUGCAUAGAACACAUUUCUGAAGUUGGAUGAGUUCUGAAUGUGAAAUGAUAUUUUAUCGAAUACAGAACCUCAUUUUUUCAUUUCAAUAAAAUGGCAAUAAUACAAUCAGCAAUGUGAACACUUGCAGAAAGAUAUAAUUUUACAACUUGAUGAUUCGGUAAAUUACUGUGAAAGAAAAAAAUAACCUUUUUAGGUAGAAAGUUAUUUAUUCUAGAAAAACUUUAAUUAUACAAAUAUACUUUACCCUGAAUUAAAACUAAUAAUUUCUUUCCUCAGAUCAAUGUCAUUGUAUUGUGAUAUUUUUUGUAUACUUUUCCUAUAUUUAUUGCAGCUUUUUGCAUUUUGUUGAUUAUUUUUUGUAUAUUUUUAUAUUUAUUAAUUAUAGCCUCAAUCAUGCUUCUGUUUACCAUUACACAAUAAACUGCCUCUAUCAUCUGUUAAAA